AUGCCACACUGGAAUCCCUUCAAGAAAGAAAAACAUCAGCUUGAGGGGCAGUAUGCGCCACCACCCGGUCCUCCGCCGGGCUACGGUACCAACUACGCUGCUUCCUCUUCCGCCGGCGACUACGCCCCUCCUCCUGGUCCCCCGCCGUCGCACAAUCAAAACAACCCUUUCGUCGACUACACCAAGAAAGAUCAUCACCAGCAGCCGUACGUGGACUAUUCUCAGCAGCCUCAACCCUAUCAACAACCACCGCAGUCGCACGCCGGCGCCUCGUCCGCAGAGCCCCCGCCUUACCACGACUGGACCGUGAUCCCAGACACGGCGCUCUUGCCGCCGCCGCCGCCCAUCAACAACGACUUCUCACCGACAGCCAACGCGUCGGCCGAGGCAGGCGAGGCGGCAUUCAAGUGGUGCAAGGCGAACCCGCUGCGCGGGCCGUUCGCCCUGACGCCGGCACAGCUCUCCGCCCUCGCCUUCGGGCGCGUCGCCUUCGCCCCUCCCCACCAGCAAACGUACAAGGGCGAGCUCAUCCCGCACAACACGUCGCCGGGCCGCUACCGCGGCCGCACCGCCAGCGGCUGCGGCGACGCCUGCCUGUGGACCGCGCUGCCGCUGUACUCUGCGCUGGCGCACAGCCCGCUGGCGACGGGCCGCCCGAAGACCAUCUACUUCGAGCUGCGCGUGGCCGGCGUCGGCGGCAUGCCCGGCACCACCACCGCGAGCCUUGAAGAGGCCGACGCCGGCAUCGCCGUCGGCUUCGUCGCACAGCCCUACCCGGCCUGGCGCCUGCCCGGCUGGCAGCGCGGCAGCUUGGGCGUGCACGGCGACGACGGCCGCAAGUACGUCAACGACACGUUCGGCGGCGUCGACUUCACCACCGCCUUCGCGCCCGGCGACACGGUCGGCCUGGGCAUGACCUUCAACAUCCCGAGGAAUCCGCCGCAGUACGGAGCUGGUGCUGGUGGUGCUGGCGGUUGGCAACAGCAACCGGGGGGCAAGUGCGACGUCGAAGUCUUCUUCACGCGCAACGGGAAGAGAAAGGGCGGCUGGGACUUGCACGAGGAGCUGGACGAGAGGGCCAUCGGCGGCGUCGAAGGGCUCGAAGGCGACUUCGACAUCUGUGGCGCCGUGGGCAUGUUUGGUGGUGUCGAUUUUGAGGUCUUCUUCAACCAGGCGGAUUGGAUGUACAGACCUGAGCAUGUUUGA